GACUUCUUAUUUUUAUUGAUCAUGUACUUUUCGUUUUUUCUUCUUUUAUUUUUACUCGGGAAAACUAUCGAUAUCUGGCCUCCAGCUCAAAAUUACCGGCACUUCUGGCCACACCAAUAUUUUGGCCUACUCAAGCUGACGCCACCGCCCCAAAAUUAUCCGCCGCUUAACUGUUUCUGCACUCAAAUUUUCUUUUCCGCAUCAAAGAAGAAGCUUACGGUGGUCCGUAUACAUCUUUUCUUCCCGUGCACUAUUUGAUUUAAAGACUAUGGUUUAUCCCGCGUGU